UGGUAAGCUCAGGCUCUUCGUCUCACUUGCACAACAACUUUCAAUCUCCCUGUUAUAAGCUUUAUACACACCAAGUUGCACCGUUGACUUCUAGCUUUCUCUUCAAUGGCAGAAAAUAUUCUCUUCAGUAUUGCUGAAGCAAUUGUUGGGAAGUUGGGUUCUUUUGCUCUCGAAGAAAUUGGAUUGCUUUGGGGUGUCAAAAAUGAUCUCCGAAAGCUUAAGAGUACCAUGUCUACAAUCAAAGAUGUGCUUCUUGAUGCAGAGGAGAAGCAGACACACAACCAUCAAGUUAGAGGUUGGCUCACCAAGCUUCAGGUUGUUGUGUACAAUGCUGAUGACUUGGUGGACAAGUUUGACUUUGAAGCUUUGCGGCGUAGAGUGAUGCCUGGCAAUAAAAUGAGGAAGCAGGUAUGCAUUUUCUUCUCGAGCUCAAAUCAACUUGCUUUUGCGCUAAAGAUGGGUCAUAGAAUAAAAGAAAUUAGAGAGUCUCUAGAUGAAAUUAGAAGUCAAAGAGACUUUCUCUUAGAAAAGCGUGUAGAAGAGACAAAAUCAGUCUCAGCUAAAGCAAGAGAGACCCACUCUUUUGUACGCAAGGAAGAAGUAAUUGGGAGGGACAAUGAAAGAAUGAAAAUCUUGCAACUUUUGUUGCAGGAUGAUGAAACUAAAGAGAAUGUCUCCACCAUUACCGUUGUUGGUAUUGGAGGACUAGGAAAAACAACACUUGCUCAACUUGUUUUCAACGAUGCCAUGGUCCAAAAGCAUUUUGAGCCAAGACUGUGGGUGUGUGUCUCAGAUGUCUUUGAAAUGAGACCAAUUGUUGGCAAUAUCAUUAAAUCUGCCACCAAUGAAAGCCCUGAUCAAAAUCUUGCAAUGGAUCAGUUGCAAAAUUCGCUUAGGAAACAAAUAGAUGGAAAGAGAUACUUUCUUGUGUUGGAUGAUGUGUGGAAUGAAGAUCGCAAAAAAUGGCUUGAGUUAAAGUCUUUGUUAAUGGGUGGGGCAAGAGGUAGCAGAAUUCUGGUAACUACUCGCAGUGAGAAUGUUGCCAAGUUAAGCCAUACAUUAGAUGACCAGCCAUUUAAGUUAAAUGGCUUGGAGAAUGAUAAGUCAUGGUCUUUAUUUUCAAUAAUGGCCUUUAGGCAAGAUCAAGAUCGGAACAACCCAAAGAUUGUGGAUUUAGGAAAAGCAAUUUUAGAAAAGUGCAAGGGAGUUCCUCUUGCCAUAAAGACCAUAGGAAGUAUACUAUACUUCAAAAAUCCCGAAACUGAGUGGUCCUUCUUUAAGGAUAAUGAACUUGCAAAAGUAACUCAGCAAGAAGAUGAUAUUAUACCAACACUCAAGCUAAGUUACAAUCAUCUUCCUUCUUACUUGAAACAUUGCUUUGCUUAUUGUAGUUUGUUUCCAAAAGAUCAUGAGUUUGAUGUGCAAAUGUUGAUACAUUUUUGGAUGGCACAAGGUUUUAUUAAGGCAGACCAAAACCAGUCUCCAGAAGAUAUUGGUUAUGGAUAUUUUUUGGAUCUACUAUGGAGGUCCUUUUUUCAAGAUGCAUUGUUUCUUCAUCUUUUUCCUGGUCCAGAUAAAUAUAUAUCAAGCAGCAGGCAUACCUUUCCUUCUGUUCUUUUCAAAUCAGAUUGACAACUUGGAGAUGGAAAUAUAACUGAUGUCAAGAACAUGUUCCCGGAAUAACAAUUAUGUUUCUCUCUUUCGCACAAAGAUGUCUUGUUUCCACUGG